AUGAUAUCGCUUCCGGAUAGGUCAACAACACCCCAGUCUAGUGAAGAGGUGAAAUUGCAAGAGUUGAAUUUUUCAAACUAUCAGACGUCAUUACAAGUGCCCAUAUUAAAGAAGCCUUCGAAUCAAAUUACUGACAAUAUCUCAAUGGAUGAGGUGAAACUAUAUCCGAUGGACACCACCAUGAGUGAUGCUGCGGCUGGUGAAGAUCUCCAGUCAGAUAUUUCCCCCAUGUUACAGAAAUCUAUUAAACCAACAACUGAAGCGGGACUAAAAACUACCUCGUCAAUUGAAAAGCUUUCAGAUGAAAUCCAAGCGAGUUCCUAUGCGGCUACAACAGUGAUUACUGAAACCAAUGAACCUAAAGCCUCAAAAAAGUCAACAAAACCUACUAAAUCUUCAAUACAGAAUAGUGUACCGACUAAGAUACAAGGAGAGCUGGGCGAUGCAGUGAAUCAGCUACUUCAAUUACAUGAUCCAGAGUUGUUAAAUACCCAAACAACCAACCAACCAUCAUUAUUGAAAAAGUCGUCAAACAAGAAACCGAAGAAGUCGCUACAACCAACUGAUAACAGUGAAAUGAAAAUUGAUCAGAGUAACGCCGUUGUUAACAGCACAGUUCCUGCAUUUCUUCAAAAUUCAAUCGAUCUCAGUUCAGUGACGGCAGCCAAUGGGGAUCAACUUCCAGUAUCCUCCUUGGUAGACGACGAUAUUGAAAUGAAAGAAUCUUCAACAAUAAUCCCGUUAUCAACAUCAUCCUUGAAUAAUAGCAGUAAACCUUCUAGUAAGGAUGUCAGUAUACCAGGGAAAAGUAAAAAGGCCAAGAAGAAGAAUAAUAAUAGUAAGACACCCUUGAACACCGAUAGUAAGAAUUCCAUGUCAACGGAGUCGACUCUAUUGUACAGUAGUGAGAAAGCUGAAAAGUCUUCAUUGUCUUCCCGGCAAGUAGUGAAGAACAACUCCAAUAAUGUACAGAUUCCUGAUAGUGGUAAUUCUACAACUUCUAAAAAAGUUAGUAAAACGCCUAUUCAUCCUUCGCCUGAACAACAUAUUUCUGUCAGUAAGAUGAAAGUCUCUCCUCCUAGACCAAAGGAUAAGAAACUUCAAUUGAAGAAGCAGAAGUCAAAGAAGAGUAAGCUGGAUAAUGUCCUUCAUCAGAUGAAUUCAUUGAAUGAUAAGACUGGCGGGAAGUUAAAGAAAUCCGAUGGUGUUGAUGAUACUACUACUACUACUAAUAUUAAUGACAAGGAAUCUCAAGAAAACACUAGAAAACGUCGUUUUCCAAGGUCUUAUGCAACACAAGUUGAUCCGAGUUCUAUUCGUUCUGCUCGUAGAGCUGCUAAACGACGAAAGACUGACAAACCCGCUGAAGAAAAACAUGACGAUUCAUCAGAAAAACCUGAUCAGAAGAAGAGGAAGAGAACAAUUAAGCGUAGACGGAAUCAAAUAAUGAAAAAAUGGUGUAUACGAUCAAGUUUACGUGAGAGUGGAGUGAUUGUCAUUCUGCUGGCAGGACGACAUCGUGGUAAACGUGUCGUUUGUUUAGGUAGACAUAAAUCCUCUGGUCUGUUACUGGUGACUGGACCAUAUCGUUAUAAUGGCUGUCCUCUACGUCGUGUUCAUCCAAACUAUGUGAUUGCUACAAAGACAAAAAUCGACUUGAGCAAUUUAUCCCUCCCCAAUAGAAUACAUCAAAAAGAAUACUUUGCAAGAUCUACCAGCCCCAUCUCACGUAAAUCACGUAAAGUAAACAAUCAGAAACGUCUUGAAGAUAUUCUUGAACAUGGUGUUGAAAGUCAAAAGCCUGUCUAUAAACCAAGUGAGGAAAAGAAAUCUGACCAACGUUUUAUAGAUGAAGAAGUGAGGAAAGCGAUUAAAUCACACAGUGAUUCACAAAUGUUAAUUCGUUACUUGAGAUCAUUAUUCUCUAUUAGUAAACACGAUCGACCGCAUGAGAUGUUCUUCUAG